AUGUCAGCUCCAACCUCCCAGCCAUGUUGCUCUGCACGAAGGACCACCACCACAGCACCUGAUCAUGAAUCUGAGCCAGAUAGCGCACCAUCACCUGUCAAGUCACCCAAACCCAAGAAAGGUCAGAAACGAUUCCAAUCCAAUGCAGAUGAGGGGGCAAGCAAGCGAAAAAAGAAGGACAACAACAACACCAACACCAACACUGACAACGAAGCCAUUGACAACACCACUGGUGGUGAUGACAUGUCUGGGGAGCUGGGCAGAGCAGCACGAGGGAGAGGGCGAGGUGGAAAGGCUAAGGCUGCUCCAUCACGAGGAAAAGGUGGAAAGAGGGGAGGAAAGGGGAAAACCAGUGUUGAGAAGAAAUUGGAGGAGGAGGGGACUACUGUUGCACCUCCAGAGCAUCAUGCUCAGUCCCUUACCUCCUCCUACCUUCCUCCAGCUCCAUCUAUCUCAAGCAGUUGUGUGCAACAAGAGCAUGAGCCUAUCACCAAAGGAAAGUCAGGCAUGAGCAAGGACAGUGAAGACUUCAGUGACCAGAGAAAUAGCAGCAGUGAUAAUGAAGAAAAAAGUUCAUCCCCCUCUCCUGAUUACUCCACCAUCAAGAUAGGUCCACCAGUAGGUCGUCACUGUACUAUGCCUACCAAGUCCAUUGUGCCUCAGAGAGAAGUGGAUACCGACAUUCCUAUGGCUUCACCUGAUCAAGAGAGGGUGACAUCCACCACUCAGCUUGAGAAAGCAAAGCCAAAGAUCAAAGCUCUGGAUCUGGCCAAUACUUUCCAUUCCUCCACUGAUUCCUACCGGAUUCUGUGGAUUCCGGCCAGAAUCCAGUAA